CCGCCAGCAAACCCGAGCGGCCGCCUCCCGCUCCCGCGCCAGGUCUGCGUCGCGAGCGGUAUUUUUAUCCGUGCGUGAAUAACCCUGCUCCUCCUCCUUUUCUUCCUCCUCCUCGCCGCUCGCAGCCCGCCCGCAAGCGGGUAGCCUAGCACGCACUGCAGCCCGAGACCCCGAGCCGCGAACCCCCCACGCCAUGGAUCCCAAGGACCGCAAGAAGAUCCAGUUCUCGGUGCCUGCACCCCCUAGCCAGCUCGACCCCCGCCAGGUGGAGAUGAUCCGGCGCCGAAGACCCACCCCUGCCAUGCUGUUUCGAGUCUCAGAGCACUCCUCCCCAGAGGAGGAGGCCAACCCCCACCAGAGAGCAGCAGGAGAGGGGCACCACAAGUCGAAGAGAGCCAAUCCCUGUGCCUACACACCCCCCUCGCUGAAAGCUGUGCAGCGCAUUGCCGAGUCUCACCUGCACUCCAUCAGCAACCUGGGUGAGAACCAGGCCUCGGAGGAGGAGGAUGAGCUGGGGGAGCUGCGGGAGCUGGGCUACCCACGAGAAGAGGAUGAGGAGGAGGAGGAGGAUGAGGAAGAAGAGGAGGAAGAAGAGGACAGCCAGGCUGAAGUCCUGAAAGGCGGCAGAGGGUCUGCUGGGCAGAAGAUAACCUGCGGCCAGGGUCUGGAGGGGCCCUGGGAACGCCCACCCCCUCUGGAUGAGCCCCAGAGAGACGGACACUCGGAGGAGCAAGUGGAAGAUCCAGUCCUAGGCGGUGAGGCUGGGGAAUGGGAGCCUCAGGGGCCUGCUCCUGCUGAGCCUGGCACAUAGACACCCAUUCCUGCAUCUUCCAGAAGAAAGUGGAGGGGACAUUGCUGCUCCCCAAGAAAUCCACUGGGCCCCCACCCUGUUGGUACCCUUGCCCCUGUCCUGCUAGUCCUGCAGCUGCUAACUUCUAGGAGACUAAGGCUGAUCUGUGCUUGCCCACUGUGUGUUUGCCCACUUUUGGCCGAUGCCUAGAGAAUCCCUCCUGGGCACUUGCUGCCUGAUGCUGACCCUUUGCCAGUCCUUCCUCCAUUCUCCCAGGGGGCGGUGGGAUGUGAGAGCUCCCCCACUGGACAAGCGGGGUCACCGGGAACAAGGACUUGCCUCUCACAGUUCCCCAUUCCUGGGUCCAGGAGACCAACAGGGCAGGACCCUCAGAUCUGGGGAAAGGAGGUGCCUGCGGGUGCCCUUCGAUCCUUUUCCUUCCUUUCUCCCAAGGGAAGGGGCGGGCACGUUGGGAGCCCCAUCCCCCAUCCUCCCAGCAGGGCCCAGAAUUCAGGAACCAAUCACAGCCUCUGUAUUUUGGAAACCUAUCCCGCUCACCCCUGCUCCCACUGGGUGUUUGGAAGAGGGACUGGCAGAAGCUGCUUGCUGCUGUCGUGUUGUGCUUCUAUGCCAGGAAUGCCGCUUGGUAUCUGUCCUUGAGGGGGUGCGCGGCCGCGGGGAGCCAGGUCCCGCCAGCCGCUCCGUCCCCUCCGUCCAGGAGUCCGGGCUUGGACCCCCCUGCCCCGGCUGUAAUAAAUCUUUGUAAAUAA